AUGGCUGAGAAAAAAAAGGUAACCUUACUGAAACAAUGCCAGAAAUGCCUCAUCGACAUGAAUGGAGACAUGUUAGAUUCACAGGGUAUAUGUCUUCACUGCAAAGCUGAGGAGCAGCAAAAGAAUCAGAAAGGCAAGAGGUAAGGCAGGGUAGAACAGCAAGGUUUGGAUUAAUUUACGGAACUCACCAACUACAGUCAUACCUCGGGUUACAGACGCUUGAGGUGGCACGAUUUUGGGUUGCGCACUGUGCUGAACCCGGAAGUACCGGAAGAGGUUACUUCGGCGCAUGCGCAGAAGUGCUGAAUCACACUUUGUGCAUGCACAGAAGCGCCGAAUCGCAACCCGUGCGUGCGCAGAUGUGGCGCUGCGAGUUGCGAAUGUGCUUCCCGCACGGAUCACAUUCGCAACCCAAGCGUCCACUGUAGAUGGCUUUAAAAAAAAAAGUACCAUUGGAGAAUGGAUCCAUCAAUAGCUAUGUUUUUUUUUUUAUAAUGAUAUUUAUUAAAGUUUCACAAAAAUACAUAAAAAUACAAAACAAAGAAAAAAGUAUAAAGUUUUAAGAUACAACAAAAAAGUAGAAAAUAAGAGAAAGCGUACAAAAUAAAACAGUUAAAAACACAAUAAUAUUCCAUAACCUAUCUUCCUUACUCUUAUUUCCCCGGACCUCCUCAUACCUCCCUUCUUUGUAUUCCAAUUCAAUUUGUUGGUUCAGCAAAUCCUUACCAUUAAUCUUUUACCCAAUUGUUAACCUUUUUUCCAUGUCUCUUAAAGCAUUACAGCCAAAAACCUCUUAGUUUCUAUCCAACAUCCUUCUAAAGUUCCUUAAUUUUGCAAUAUUUCUGUAAAUAGUCCUUAAAUUUCUUCCAUUCUUCUUUCACCGACUCUUCUCCCUGGUCUCGGAUUCUGCCAGUCAUUUCCGCCAAUUCCAUGUAGUCAAUCACCUUCAUCUGCCAUUCUUCCAAAGUGGGUAGAUCUUGUGUCUUCCAAUACUUUGCAAUAAGUAUUCUUGCUGCUGUUGUAGCAUACAUGAAAAAGGUUCUGUCCUUCUUUGGCACCAGUUGGCCGACAAUGCCCAAGAGAAAGGCCUCUGGUUUCUUCAGAAAGGUAUAUUUAAAUACCUUUUUCAGUUCAUUAUAUAUCAUUUCCCAGAAAGCCUUAAUCUUUGGGCACGUCCACCAAAGGUGAAAGAAUGUACCUUCAGUUUCUUUACAUUUCCAACAUUUAUUAUCGGGCAAAUGAUAAAUUUUUGCAAGCUUGACUGGGGUCAUGUACCACCUGUAUAUCAUUUUCACAAUAUUCUCUCUUAAGGCAUUACAUGCCGUAAACUUCAUACCUGUGGUCCAUAACUGUUCCCAGUCAGCGAACAUAAUAUUAUGUCCAACAUCUUGUGCCCAUUUAAUCAUAGCAGAUUUCACCGUUUCAUCCUGAGUAUUCCAUUUCAACAGCAAGUUAUACAUUCUUGACAAAUUUUUAGUUUUGGGUUCUAACAAUUCUGUUUCUAAUUUUGACUUUUCCACUUGGAAGCCUAUUUUCUUAUCCAAAUUAUAUGCCUCCAUUAUCUGAUAGUAGUGGAGCCAGUCUCUCACUUUAUUUUUUAAUUUUUCAAAACUCUGCAAUCUCAAUUUAUCUCCUUCUUGCUCCAAAAUUUCCCAAUAUGUCGGCCAUUUGGCCUCCAUAUUGAGCCUUUUCAGAGCUUUUGCUUCCAUUGGUGACAGCCACCUUGGGGUUUUAUUUUCCAAUAAGUCUUUGUAUCUUAUCCAAACAUUAAACAAUGCUUUCCUAACAAUAUGGUUUUUGAAUGCUUUGUGUGCUUUGACCUUAUCAUACCAUAAAUAUGCAUGCCAUCCAAAUACAUUGUUAAACCAUCAAUAGCUAUGUUAACUAGACAGAGCUUCCAUGCUCAGGGCUGUAGGGAAGGGAAAGUGGGGCGGGAAAAAGCAGGCUCUGGUUAUAUACUUCCUGUAACAACUUGGUUGGCCAAUAUGGGGAAGAGAAUGCUGGACUGGCUGGCUCUUUGGUCUGAUUUGGUUCUUGUUAAGUCUGGCUGGGGUUGGGGUUAAGAGAGAAAAGAGGAAGCUAGAGCAUUCAUUCAAAGACCCUGUGACUUAGCUGGCUAGCAAGGGCAUCAGAAGAGCACUUCUGCGUCAGAGCAAAGGCCCAUUUCAUCUAGCACCCUCUUCUCCCAAUGGCCAGCCAGAUGUCGAAGGGAAGUCCACAAGCAGGGCAUGAGCACAACAGCCCUCUCCCCACUUGUGCUUCACAGCAACUGGUAGUAUUACUCCACGCCUGAGAGUAAUACUCAGCCAUCAUGGCUUGUAGUCAUUGGUACCCUCAACUCCCAAGGCGUUCUUAAAGCCAUCCAAGUUGGUUGCUACAUCUUAUGGUUACGAAUUCCAUACUUUGUGUGCUAUGUGAGGAAUUACUUCAUUCUGUCUGUCCAGAAUCUUUGAAUAUUCAGAUUCCCUGGAUGUCUUUGGGUAUUAUGGGAGAAGGAGAAAAACUCUCAUCUAACUCCACACCACAUAUAAUUCUACACACCUUUAAAUCCCUAAAUGGCCUUGGUCCAAUAUAUCUGAAGGAGCGUCUGCACCUCCAUCGUUCUGCCCAGACACUGAGGUCCAGCGCCGAGGGCCUUCUGGUGGUUCCAUCGCUACGAGAAGCCAAGUUACAGGGAACCAGGGAGAGGGCCUUCUCGGUAGUGGCACCUGCCCUGUGGAACGCCCUCCCAUCAGAUGUCAAAGAGAAAAACAAUUACUAAACUUUUAGAAGACAUCUGAAGGGAGCCCUGUUUAGGGAAGCUCUUAAUGUUUAAUAGGUUAUUGUACUUUAGUGUUUUGUUGGAAGCCGCCCAGAGUGGCUGGGGAAACCCAGCCAGAUGGGCGGGGUAAUAAUAAUAAUAAUAAUAAUAAUAAUAAUAAUAAUAAAUUAUUGUUGUUAUUGUUAUCAUCAUCAUCAUCAUGGCCUCCCUUACUUGUCUUUUGUCUGAACUAACAAACUUGCAAAUGCUUCCCUUUCCAGAACCCUUUCCAGCUCUGUAGUAUCCUUUUUGAGGUGUGGCAACCAAACCUGAACACAGUAUUCCAAGUGCAGCCUCACCAGAGAGUUGUAUAAUGAUAACGUGAUACUAACACUCUCUCUUCCCCCACCCCUCCGCCCUCAGUCCUGUUCCAAACGAUCCUGAACAUGGAAUUUGCCUUCUUCACAGCUGCCAUAUACUAGGCCACCGUUACCACCAAGCUAUCUACUAUUAUUCCAAGAUAGUCUUACUCAUCAUCACCACUUCAAACCUCACUAGCACAUCUAGGAAGCUUUGGGAUGCACAUCACUUUUUACCUGGCUUAUCUCUUUGCACAUUGAAUCAUACUUGCCAUUUUAAUGAUCAUUCAGCCCAACAGAAUGAGAAACUGAAGCCAACAUAUUUGCUCUCCCUUACUUCUGAAGCUGUGAUCCUUCAUAUUCUAAGCUGUAGUCUCUUUGCUUCUUUACCCAAAUCCCAAGAUCACUAUUCUGCUGGCAAAAUUCACUUUUAAACAGAAAAAUCAAGCUUGGUUGGAAUUUUAUUUCUAACUUUCAUUUUAAAAAAUGCAGCAGUAGCAUUGUUUUACAUCAUUUUCUAUUUAUGAUCAAGUAUGCAUCACAUCUCUAUAUAAGGUAAAAGGUAAAGGAACCUUGGACGGUUAAGUCCCGUCAAAGGCGACUAUGGUGUGCAGCACUCAUCUCGCUUCUCAGGCCGAGGGAGCCGGUGUUUGUCCGCAAACAGCUUUCCGGGUCAUGUGGCUAAACCACUUCUGGUGCAACGGGACACUGUGAUGAGUGCCAGAGUGCACGGAAAUGCUGUUUACCUUCCCACCGCAGCGGUACCUAUUUAUCUACUUGCACUGGUGUGCUUUCAAACUACUAGGUUGGCAGGAGCUGGGACAGAGCAACAGGAGCUCACUCCGUCGCACGGAUUCAAACUUCAGACCUUCCUAUCAGCAAGCCCAAGAGGCUCAGUGGUUUAGACUACAGUGCCACAUGUGUACCUACAUCUCUAGAUGCAGAUACCAACACCAGUGCUCAAAAUUUAAAUAUUCAAUGCCACCUCAGUUUCAAAUGACCGGGGCUGUGACUUUGCACUCAGUGAAAUAUGCACGCAGGAACUGAUCACACCUUUAUAUCCUGCAGAUAAAGUUCUGGGCUCGUGUUACCAAGAUACUACCAAGUAGGUGAAAUGACAUUGCAAAACUGAUCAGAUCAGAUCUAGUACACCUCUGUGGGCAAUUUUCUUCUUAUAUGCACCUGCUUCUAUUGACAAAUUUUGAAAUUUCAGAAGUGAAGCCAAUGAAAGACCUCCUUGUGCUUGCUUCACACCUCUUAUUCUCUAGGACCAACUUAGCAUUAGGGGUGCUUCCAGAUGAUAUGUUUAUUGUGCAUUGAUCCUGAUUUGCUCACAGGGAGGCUAGAUGAUGUUGCAUCGAAGCAAGUGCUAUCCUACCCUUUCCAUUGCAUUUGCUCCUAACUUUCCAUAUCACAAAAAGUUAGAUCUCUUGAGGAAGUAGGUUUGUUGCCCAAGAGCUCCAAAUCAACUUUAAUUUGCCAGCAUGUGACUCCUUCCUGGGAAAAACCCCCACACCUUGAUCUCCAUUCUAAUACCACCUUUGGCCUCAGGGAAAAACAAAGCAAAACUCAGUUAUAGCUAUCGCUCCAGAGCUUUUGGAGAUCAUCAACUGAAACAUCAGAUGAAUUAGAGUGGGAUACAUUGCCACUUUCCCUCCUCACAUUACAAAAAAAACCCUUUUCUUUCUAGUUGGUGUCCUACAUUUCUUCCAUCAGAUUCUGAUGACCUCACUCUCAGGCUUAGCUGCAGCAAGAUGGAUGCAUCAUGUAUCUUUGGACCAUGCCUUUGGACUUCAGUCUUGCUGCUUGAAAACAAAAACAAAUAAGCACCAUUUCAUGUGAGAACCUGUUUGUUUAAAGCAGCUUCCCAUACAGCUGAGCCAAUUGCCCUGCUCCUUAUUGAGAGCAUCCACAACCUGCUGCAGAACAUGUGAACCUUGACAAGAUCCCGUUUUACUGUAAUGGGAGUUAAACAUAACCCAAAGACUCCAUCUGCUGGCCAUACAAUGUACUCAGUCCAGCACACCAGACUUGUCUCUUCUCUGUCUUAACAGGAGCCCCAGUAUUUCCUAACUAUAACUCUAAUAUUUCAACCCCAAAGAUAUUCCAUGAGCAAUGAGUCCUGUCAAAAUCUAUCUAGCAAAAUAGGAUGCAGCCCACAAAAGUGUGUCUUACAAGAAAUUUAUUGUUCUAUAAGGUGCCAUUGGACUCUGUUCCUCUGGAACUACUUACAAUAGUAAUCUCCUGAGAGGACUUUUACAUUUUCCAACAAAUAUAUUUAUAAGUUAUUUACCAUGCCUUUUUUCUUAUUAAAAUCAAGGUUAUUUAACAUGUAUCAAAUACUAAACAAAAACCAAUGAUAGAAAAUGGUGCAUGAAUUCUGGGAGGCGGAAUAGCUUCAUUAGCUACUUCUUUGCGAAAGCCACGGUGGGUAGAGGAUAAUCUAGUUAAAAAUGGAAGGAGUCAGAGAAGCUUAUCACAGUUUAUUGUGGACCCAGUGCUGCAUGUCUUUCACACUGUGCACACAGUGUUGUCCUCAUCAAAAUGCCACACACACACCCAUACCCCCCACAACCCAGACUUACCACGUCCACAUGUAUUUACCAUGGAUAUGAUGAAUCCAGAUUAAACAGGAAAAUAAUACGGGGCCUGACUUUGAUGAGGACAUUGUCAUGUGCAAAACAUAGUGCAAAACAUGUUUGCAUGAGCAGCACCAAGACCACAGUGAGCUGCUGUGUAUGGAGGCACCCAGAGUGUCAUAUGAAGAGUGUGUGUGGUUGGUGUGCAAAACAAAACAAAAGUUUAGUAAGUGGUUUGUUGAGACCUCCAGCAUUUUUCCAGUGCUCUGAUAAAAGAAUAGUUUGAGAACUGAGGCAGUAGGGUGUCUAGAUGCAAAGAAAGGACAUCUUUAAAUGACUAUAAGAAGAGAGAAAGUGCAGCUUGUCAUAUAGUUACAGGGAACCAGGCAGAGGGCCUUCUCGGUAGUGGCACCCGCCCUGUGGAACGCCCUCCCAUCAGAUGUCAAAGAGAACAACAACUACCAGACUUUUAGAAGACAUCUGAAGGCAGCCCUGUUUAGGGAAGCUUUUAAUGUUUGAUAUAUUGUGGUAUUUUAAUAUUUUGUUGGAAGCUGCCCAGAGUGGCUGAGGAAGCCCAGCCAGAUGGGCGGGGUAUAAAUAAUAAAUUAUUAUUAUUAUUAUUAUUAGGAUGGGGAAAAGCUGCUUCAUGGUGCAUUUCUAAGUUAUUGGCACCAACUCGACAUUCUCAAUAUAUGUUGCCAGAAAUACAACCAGCAAAUGACUAGUAUCUAUAGUAGCUGCUGUGAAAUAAGAGAGGAAACACAUGUUCUCUUUAGUCCUCUCCUCACAACUUCCCUCAUUUUUGCAAUUCAUCGUAGGCUUUAUGUGGGAUUGUUGCAGCUUUGACAGUUAUUUCUUUUUAAUUUGGGUCCUGAGGGUGUCUUUUGAUGCUAGGUACAUGUGCACUGCCCUUUUCUGAAAGCUUCCAUCUCACUGGUCCCUGAUUGCUGUUCUAGAAUACAGCUGUUAGGUCAACUCUGUGUCACCUUCUCAUACCAAUGUAGCAACCUGAUCAGUUGGUUUGCCACAAUUUAUAGCAUGCUUGUUCCAGGAAAUAGCUCCAAAAGGACAACACCACAACUCAGAAUGUAGGUGUGUAUUCUCAGAUCCUGAAAAAAGAAAUCCAGAUCUGGACAAGAGGAAAGACAGUGUGAAUUCUAUGGACUUCAGGAGUUCAGUUCAGGUCUUUCCAUUUUGGACUUCAGACAGAUAAUAUUUCUUGAGGUGGCAGAAUGCCCCGGUUGGAGAAAGGGCAUCUUUGUAAUGUUGAAGGUGAAUACAUUUCUCAAGGGUAAUCAGUUUUUAGCUCUGUGUUCCUUUAGCUCCUCAUCAAUCAUGGACUUUACAGCUGAGCUUGGGAGGGCGGAAGGGCAGGGGAGAAAGGAUGUUAUGCGUGGCAGUAUUUUGGUACCAAACCUUCUAAGCUUAGUAGGGUGGUGGGGCCCCUCCCGAUAACCUGUGUAUUGAACAUUCAUCCCAACGGUGGCCAGCUUUUUUAGUUUCUGUGUUGCAUGUUCUCAUAGGUGCGAGGUACGAUGGUGAUGCCACCGUGCCAGCCCAGCCCUGUGCCCUAAUUUAUGGGGCUGCUGGAAGCAGGGCACCAAAGUACAUUGAAAGAGCCAGGCACUUUCACGAUUCUCCCUCUCUCUGCUUUUAAAAAUUCAGCCAUGGGAGAAUGAAAUCAGAAACGGCAGCCCGGCUGGAGUGCAGAGACGGGCUGUUUAAAUUGUUACCUUCCUUUCCCAAAAGCAGGUGAUGUGCAGGACUAGGAGAGACAUUUGGUUCAGUUCACCUUUAAAGGUGAAUCUACCUAAUUUAUGCCUUCUGAAACAAUACAUGAAGCAAUGCAUUGCCGUCUUUUGAAAGCCGCACUUCUCUGAAUUUUGCAGUACAAUUCUCCAGCCAAGAAAAUGCACGUGUUGGUGAAAACAGCAUACAAAAAUGCACUGCAUUAGGGAACACUGCUUUGCAAAUAUGUGUAUAUUAGGCAAAGUUGCAUAUUUCUUAAGAAAUGUGCAUAUUAGGAGAGAUUUGUACUCAAUUGAAGAAGUUUCAUGAGGACUUUUAAAAAUUGCCACCUGUCGUGGAUAUGUGGAGAACUCAGCUUAAGAAUAGAAAAACGAGAAACCAACAUUGAGUCACCCAUUCCUACUUCCCAUUUUUGUGAAAAUGGAAGUGAAAGUAAUCUCUUCUCCUGCCAGCCCUCCACCCCUGCUUUUAGCCUUCUGUGGGUACUUUUCAUACCAAAAAAAAAAAAAAAAAAAAAAAGGUAGGAGGAAGAAUCAUAGCAAUGCAGUGCCCAACCCCUGGCCCCAAUAUACAGAACUGGAUUUACUCUACUGGCAUCCUAAGAGGCUUUCUGUUUUCCAAAUUGUAUCUGGCACCUUCCUACCGAGCUAGAUGGACACGUGGUCUGCCAAUAGGAAUUUCCUCUUAAGGCAGUGGGUCUGCCUUGCAACUCCUGAGCUAUAUGGAGAAAGUGAAAAGGCAUAAUUUCAAAAUGGCUCCUUGAUUACAUUGGCUAGUGACAGUGGUUUCAUAUGAUGCUUAUGAAUUGUUCAGUGAAAACGGACCUCGUGCCCCUUGACGUUUUCUCAACUGCACACAUCUCCGUUACACAGGGAUCCUGCCUCAUACAAUGUGAAUGAGACGAUGGAGACCGAGCCUGCCUAUUCUGACUUCAUCAGCUGUGACCGGAGCGGCCGGAGAAACGCAAUACCCGACCUUCAAGGAGACGCAGCUGCUCUUAAACUGGAGAAACUGGCAAGCACCAUGGAGGAUAUCGCUAUUGCAGGGGAUGGUGAGUCCCUCUUUGCCCAAGUCCAACCUGAGCUGCUUCUCAGGCAGCUGAUCUAAUCAAGAAGCUCAGAUGAACAUGUUCUCUGCAAAAUACACAGGGCUUAUCUAAAUCACUGCACAAUGUAUACCAGUUGCAUCAUGUAAUGCAGAUGGGACAUAGGUAUAUGCUACUAACAUCCAACUUCUCACACUUCUUAACACGUUGCUGAAGAGCUAGCAUUCUGCUGGUACCACUGAACCAUUGGCAAUAGCCACACUAGCUUUAUUUGCUAAAUAAAUCAAUUUCCAUCAGAUCCAAUUCACACAACUCUCUGUUUGAUCCUUUAUUUUUACAGAAAACCAAGAUUCGGCCGAUGCUACCGAGAAGGAAUCUGGACUGACUCCUAAGAGCGAAGACGGCAGCCCGACCUUGUGA